AGGAAACUGAACGCGUGGAAUGUGUUCGUGAGGCAAAAGCUAAAUGAAGCAAAUGAAGAACUCACAACAGGAGAGCGGUGGAAACUCCCUACAUUUAUAGCAGCCCAUCAAGCAGAGCUUAUGGGGGGAUAUUGUCAGCUUUCAGAAGCUGCCAAAAAUGACCUUCGACGUGACAUCAAUGUCUUUCACGAGUCACGUGUCAAGAUUGUGCAUUUGAAUCCUAAGGCACUGCAAAAGCAAGUCAACGCAAUAUUCCAUUCUAUGGAAAAAGAAGUAAGCACAGGUUGGACAAACAUCACUUCUUGCACUGGAGUGGAGGGCUUCUAUGUAGCUGUUUGUGGUCACAUUGAGCAUUUCCAUGAAGCAAAAAUAUUUUGCACACCUAAAGCGCAAUCAUUUGUUAAAGAGGUCCUGAACUUAGAUCCAAAAUGUUUCACAUUGAAAUUUGAGUCUUGGGCUAUCAGAGACUUUGGUGUGUGGUCAUACAAUCACCUUUCACCUAUGAAACUCAUUAGCAUGUGUCACAGGAGCAUCCAGAAGGGACUUAAUGAAAUUGUGCAGAAGCACAAGCUGUCGUGGAAGAAGAUCAAAAUGAAUUAUGACAACUACGAACAGAAGAUUGUGGAGACUUACAGGAUAGAGCUGGACGGCUGGACAUACAAAAUGUUGCAAAACCCAGGAAAGAUCGGUUGA